AUGAAUUAUUCAUGCCCUUGCAACUCUGAGCUGGCAGAUCCUGGCUUUCCCUGUUACCAUUGCAACAAGUGGUGGCUGGCCCGGCUGUGCUCAGGCCGUCAAACGUCUCCUCGCAUGUCCCCAGCGAGCUUCGAAAUGCCUGCUGGAGAGGGACAGCCUGCCUGCCUCCCCUACGCCCGACACAGCCGGGUGGAUUUUCAGGUUAAGCCUCAUGCAAAAUGGACCCAGGAAACACAGUCUUUUGUGACUCAGAUGUACUUGACCAUAAACUACUCUUCCUGGAAGAAAACAGGUUGCUUUGCCAAGCCACUGAUGUUCUGUAACUCCCAGCUCCCAAGUGGGGAAUUUGAGCAUUUUGGGGUCAUCAACAGCACUGACCUGGGAGCUAUAGGGACCCUGACUGCCAUGGACUUGGGAGGGAGCCCAAAUCCCUACACAGGUAUCUUAGAUGGAGUGACCCAAAAGCUACGGGGCACUGAUGAUCAGAGGACACGCACAGGCCUUCAGUGGGAGAGUGCUGCAGAGAGGAAAUCAAGCUCUCCCAAGGGAUCCCUCUCAUCACAAAAUACAACACUCCUUUUCCCAGUAGUCGCUUCACAGAUGGUUGAUGAGCAGAAGUCAGAACCGAUUUGGCCUGCUUUGCCUAUGCAGCCCAUGAUCCCCCAGCUCAGUGCUUAUCACACAAAGCAGUCUUUGGCUAGCCAUGGUUCAGUCAACAUCAACAGACCAUUCAAUCCCAGCAGAUUAGAAAUUCAGGGAUCUUUAGAUGACACCAUGUCUCAGUUGGACUCUACUACUGCAGAGGAACAACAGUGUCAAAAUCCGCAGCAAGGGUUUGCCUUCAUAACUGUUACGGCCAGGCGUGUUGCUGCUGGCUCCAGCAACCCAGCACAUGGACCCAGGGCUGUGCAAGAGCCCAACACCAUGCCUCCCAGCUUGAGCAAGGUCCCUGCUGUCCUCCAUCACUGUCCUCCACGAAACCAUGCGCCCCAACCUGACUCUUCAUUGAAGAUUUCUGAAUCUCACUCACAAGCAGCACGAAGGCAAUUUCUCGUCCCUGGAAAUCAGGAGAACAGUGUGAGUCUUCAGAGCAGUGAUGGCAGAGAAAAAGUACCACCUUCCUUCACCUCAUGUGUCCACUUUCAGGUUUCUCAGCACUGUCCAAAUACCAUCUAUUAUUUAGACAAGUCACUCAAUGUCUGUAUUGACCAACCUCGAAUUAAAUGCCAAAAAACGCAUAGAUCAGCCUUGUCCUUCACUAUGAACUGCAGUUCAUCUAGAUUAACAGCAGAUGGAGUAGAUGGCAUAGCUAAUGGAGAGCCAAUAGAGGAGAUACAUCAAACAAAGCUCCUAGGAGAAAACAAGACUUCACUCAGAUCAAAGCUGAGUGCAGACUUAACAGGGAAUAAUGCAAUUAAUAAAAAGAAAACAAAUGAAGGCGACUUGGCUACUAAAUACCCUUUGCAAAGUGUCUUUGAUUGUGAACUUCCAGCAUUUGUGGAUAUACCCAGAAGACCUAAAAAGAUAGCAACAAAGAGACAUGAUGCUAAGCAGUCUGGCAGCUAUCACGUUGCAUUUUCUCUCCAGCUGCCUAAUUCAAGUGAUGAGGCAGGAACACAAAUGCUGUCAGGAAGUGAAAAGCAACCAUGCACCAUGGGUAGGAGCAACACAACAACCUCUAGCUCGCUCUCAGGUACGGCAUCCAGAAAGUCAGUCACUGCUGCUACUGAUGGCGCAUUGAAAAGGAGAGAUCCCUCGAAAGGCACCUCCAGAUCCAAAGAGAUCCAAGCACAGGGCAUCCUGCAACCAAAAACGUUUGUCUCCAGUAAUAUGUGCAAUAUAAAAGCUUCAUCAAGAAUCUUCUCAGAAGAAAAUGUCCACAAGCAAAACCAGCUCCUAAAAAGUGAUUACGAAUUCUGUGCUUCAAGUGACAAAGUACAGAAGUGUGAGAUGGAGGAGGACAAGUGGGACGGAGCCUGUGGGGUAGCACUAUCUACAGUUUAUCUGCUAGAUGUUCCUAAUGAGAAAAAUGACCCAUACAUUCAGCCACAAACCAGAAACCUCCUGGAGAAAACUUCACCAGCCCCAUGCACUCUGCGGGAAGCACUUGAAAUCCAUAACCCUCAGUUCAUCUCUCGUUCACAAGAAAGACUGAAGAGGCUUGAACAUAGGAUCCAGCUGAGGAAAGCCCAGCAGAGCAAUGCUCCUGCAAGCAACCAAGGAGGGCUUCUUGCUCGCAAGCUUUCCUCCACAUCUACUUCAAGCAAAAAAAAGCAGUACACCGUUCCUCACCCCCUCAGUGAUAACCUCUUCAAACCAAAGGAAAGAUUCAUUCCAGAGAAGGAGAUGCAUAUGAGAUCAAAAAGGAUUUAUGACAAUUUACCUGAAGUAAAAAAGAAACAAGAAGAAAAACAGAAGAGGAUCAUCAUCCAGAGCAACAGGCUGCGUGUUGAGAUGUUUAAAAAGCAAUUACUGGACCAGCUCCUUCAAAGAAACACAGAGUGA